GACCUGCGUCGCCCAGGCCGGCUUUGCCCCGAUCUCCUCGCCAUCGGCCCUCGUCUGCAAGCGCAUCUCCGGGAUUUGGGCCGCCGCCUGCCCGCAAUCGCUCCGGGAAGGCAUAGGCCGCACCCCUCCGUCGCUAGCGGCGCUGUCCCUGACGACAUCCUCCUCGACCGGCAAGCCCGACAGCAACCGCCCACUGUCUCUCGGGCCUCUCCGCGCAAGCGCUGCUCCGGUUGCGGAUUGCAUCCUCGGCUUCUUCGAGGGGAACUGCAUCCCCGUUCCCUUCCGGGUCGCAUCCCCGCUCCGUCCUGGACUGCAUUCCCGUCUCGUCCCUGGACCGCACCUCUGUCUCAUUCGGCCCGUCCGUUUCGUCUGUUGCUCGACCCCACUUGUGUAUAGCAGCUUACCAGUCGCUUUCGCAGUCAACCGGCUUGCUCAACCCAGCUACCUCCCGCCCAACAUCCCUGCGCCAUGGUCUCCUACAACUACCCCAGCGACAUCAGCCAGGCCAUCUGGUACUAUGCCACCACCUUCUGUCGGCACUUUCACGGCAUCCCCUUUGACGAAGCCGUUGCUCGCAUCCAAGCAGACUCGUUCUUUCUGUAUUUCAUUAAGAACUUUAUCGAGAACUGCAACAGUCUGCAAAACGAGAACCGCCUGCCCCUGGGAAUCACCACCGAGGUCCAGAUGACCUCCUUGAUCCUCGUGCAGCGAGCCGCCAGAGCCCGCGGCGCCAUGCUCCAGCAUGCCCACCGCCACGAAGUCGACCAGAUCCAGCAGAUGGCCGUCCAAGACAUCUACGCCUGCUUUGUCGUCUCCUUUAUGCUGGCCCAGAAGUGGAACAUCGAUGUGCCCUGGGACAUCAAGGCGUGGGUGCUGAUCGCCAACGAAGGGCAAGAACUGCUCCAAACUCCCGGCAGCGGGCAGCUCCAUCCACUCCAGGCCCGAGUCCUGGUCCAAGCCGAGCGAGAGUUUCUAUCCCUGUGCUCCUACGAUCUCUUCAUUCAGCCGGAGGAGUACCGCCAGUUUGUCGACACUCUUGUCCAUAGCGAAAAAUGCUGGCAGCAGGUCAGUCGCAUGAUGGAGAUGGACUGGGACACUCUCCGCUCGACCUCGGCGGCCCAGAGAGAGAAGCGCUUGGGCAGGCGGCCCAAACCAACCGAGCAAGUCCCUCCGCUGCUGCAGGAAAUGGCUGCGUCGUUCCCAGCAAUGUAUCGCCAGACAAGUGGUCCCGCUGCCGUGGUUGGGAAUCCGGUGCCCAGCCUCAGCCGGUUCGAUGCUGCCCAAAUUGCCGCCCACCGAAGCGACGCUGCCCGAUCCGGCGAAGCAGAACUCGAUGAGCCCAAGUUUGAUGCCUUUCGACUUGCUGCCCCAAGACUGGAGGCCGCGCGGGUCGACAUGUCUGGGCUCGGCCAGUUCAAGCGCGACCACUAUAGAUCUAGUGGACUGCAGCCAGGCCAGCUCCGACCAGAGACGACGGCGAGUUUCGGCGCUUCAAUUGUGCCCAAAUCGCAUAUCCAUCACUUGCACAGCUCGCAAGGCACUGCUCCUCACACUGCUGGCACAAGCUUGCAAGGCGACGGCACAUACUAUGGCUUCAAGGACCUUUUUGACCUGCCCGGGAUUCCCCUCGGGCUCGGCUCGCCGCUGCACGUACCCUCUGCCGCCCUCGAUUCCACCACCUCAAAGUUUGCAUCGGCUCAGGCGAACACCGGCCCAAAGGACAAGACAACCGGCUUGGACGACAUUCCCCUCAACACACACCACCCGGUUUCGAGUCGCAAUCCUGGCUCGCUUCAUUCCGCAUCAACCGCCCACGAGGGAACUGGUCAAGGCAGCGUCCCCAUCACUGGGUUCGGUAUUGGCGGCAUGAGCAUUGGUGCUGGCACCCAGCACCGGGUUCCGUCCGCCUCCCCGCGACGACGAUACCAUUCUCGGUCCCGCUCUCUCGCCGACCUCCCAAACAGCUCGUCCAGCCUACUCCUAUCCCCGCAUGUGUCUAUCCGCGACGGCAUCAGCCCGGAGGAUUGGUCUGUGUUCGACAUCAUCCCCAGUACCCUGAGAGAGAUUCUUCAUCCCCCCAUGAAACCCAUUCACUGCCACAAGCAGGGCCAGCUCAACGACCAUGUCCCCUCCGUUGCCCACAGUGCCCCGAACGGCCACUUCUGGGGCACCUACCCAUACGCUUCGCUCUCCACCAGCGCUGUCGUUCCCGAUCUGGGCUCGGUACCUUCGCACCUACAAAAGCCUCCCUCACCCGCGCUGCUGCCGCCCUUACCGCCGCCAUCGGCAUUGUCGCGCCUGUCUCCCGGGCCAAGGCCAGCUGUAGAGUCGAUUUCGAUGCUCACCGAGAAGCCCCCGAUGCUGCUCGGAUUUGCGGACACGGAUAGUGCUCGUCCCUCGAUCCCGCGCCCGGAUCAAGGUAUGUGGAUGGCUGCCUCCAAGCCAUGGACGCACGGGCUUGCCGCUGCGUCGAGACCACAAUGGGACAGCCACACGACCCUUCUCGAUCUCGAUGUUUGAGCUCGAUUCGAGGAGCAGCCGAGUUGGGCCACAAGCUCCUCUCGCCUCCUUGAGCCGAAAAAAAAAAAGAUCAAAAGUUCACACCCCUUCAAAAGGAAGCGU